CAGGCCUCUGCUCUGAAAGGCCUAUCACAACUUACACAGCUAAACCUGGAGGGCAAUCAUCUACCGAUACAAACUUCAUUUCCUUUAACCAUGUUCAGCCACGUGCCCAAACUACAACAUUUGUUCAUCGGAUCCAACUCCAAGGAAAACCUAACAUACAUCUACACCAAUGACCUCAAAAUCAGAAAACCCAAAUACAACAAACUUAUCGACAUCUUUGAUGACCUUCCAGACCUGGAGUCGCUGUCCAUUGACUCUUUGUCGGAGCUGUACGUGGGUCCAGAGUUUUCUAAAUUUAGAAACUUAUCCCACCUGACCCUAAACUGCAUCGACGUCUUUAAGUCCAGUAAUGACAGCUUUGAAGGACUGUCCAACUCCACGGUCAAACAUCUCGUGCUGACCACGUUCUCUGAAGUCUACGAGCCGUAUCUCCCAAGCCACAUCUUCAACAACCUGCCGAAACUAGAAGCUCUCCACAUCAAUGAUUGGGAAAUAGGCAACCGGAACCUAAUUAGCUCCCUUUGGCCUUUUCAAAAUGGAAGUCUGACUUCAUUAAAACUGAACAUUGUCGGUUAUUCCCGGUACAGGGAGUCACCGUUAUUGACCUUCCAAGAUGGAAUCAUCACUGAAAGUCUGACCCGAAACAUUUCAUCGAUCUGUCUAAACACUUUGAUUUUCACCAACAACCGCAUAUUUGCGAUUGAGCCCGAAGCAAUGAAGAGUCAAACCUGGCUCCGGUGUUUGAAGAAGGUUGACCUUUCCGGGAACUACCUGGACGUGACGGGGUGGCGCGUGCUCGUGUUUGAGCUGUACCGUAUGACCAGCAUAGAAGAAAUCACCAUUGGCGGCUCAGCAUCGACUUACGUGCGACAUCUCCAACGUCUACGAUCUCGAAAUAUUUCAGUUGGGGCAGUAUCAACCUCUGGGCGACAUUUUCAACCGUCCAGAAAGCCCAUAAGGGCAGAAUCACCGUCUAAGAUUACUUAUGGGCCAGCUCAUGUUGUUGACGCAGUCAAAGGCUUUGACCUUUUUAACAAAGACUCUAGGCCCCCGGUACCUCAGAUGCUCCCUCCUUUUGGUCAACCUUCCACAGUAACAAGCGGUGAGGAACCGGAAGUCAUUACUUCAGCCCCACGAUCAAAACACCAGGCAUCGCGCAGUACGAUUACCUCUGAAAUAACGAUUUAUUUUCCAACAUCUUUGAGAUCUUUUCGAUUCGAUUCCGUCCUAGGCAAAGAAUACUUGGUGCUUUACAUGAACGUCCGUCUUAUGGGGUUAGGAAACCUUACCGAGAUCUUAGCUGUCAACAGCCCGCACUUUCUCUGGACCAGAGCCAGAAUUCUGGGUCUAGAAAAUCUGAGGUUUCUUGACGUCACCGGCUCAAUGAUGUACGUCCCAGAGUUUUUCUAUGACGACUUCCCGAGUUUAGAAGUUCUUAUUAUCAGCAGCAUCUUUCCGAAGAAAUAUAUCAUCUCGGUUACUCCAGUGGAUCGAAUACUUCGGAACCUGACCAAGCUCACCUACCUGGACGUCUCGGAUAAUGGUAUCGAUACUCUUCCACCGGAAACCUUCUCCGCGAAUGCGAAGCUGGAAUACCUGAACCUGGCCAAGAACCGCUUCCAGAAUAUUCCGUUCAGCUUCAGAAACACGCCGCGGUUAAAGCAUCUCAACAUUAGUGAGAACGCCAUUUUAUUUUUAGAAGACGAGGAGAUGGUUGCCAUGGAGAAUCAGGUCGGUUUGGUCGGAGAGUUCACCUUGGUGUUGAAAGGGAACGCUGUUGUCUGCAUGUGCUCGAACAUCAAGUUUUUGGGUAAGAUUAUAAGUGAAGGCAUGUGUAGCACUCUAUACAUAUAUAUUAAGAUAAGAUAAAUGGACAUUUUACGUUUAAUACUAUGUACAUAUUACGUUUUAGCACAUGAAUCUAUUUAUAAAAGGCAAAUUUCCUGCAGUGACUGAUCACAGGAUCUCAAGAAUGACAAGCCCAAUAAAGUUGAUAUUUUCAUGGUAAUUCCUCUCAUACUAUAGGCGUGCACAGACGAGUAUAAAAAAAAAUGGAAUUCAGCUUUUAAGUGGCCAAAUAUGACCACGGUCCGAAAUAUAUAUAAAAACAAUGGUUUAUUUUGGAAUGCGUUUAUGAUUUAUGAUUUUGUUAUUAUUUUUUAUAUCCACAUCUUGCACUGUGUCUGAACACGUUCUAUUUUAUUUUUGGGAACGGUGUACAUCCAACAAAAAUAUUGUAUAUUUAACUUCUUGAACCAUGCUCCAAAGAUUUAAUAUAACCAUGACAUGUAAAUCUAUUUAUGUUUAAAUAUAUUCAAUAAGAUUUAAUCCAUUUGUUCAAUUCGACAAGAUAAGAAUUUUAUAAGCUUUUCAUAUUAUUUAAACAGUCGAAUUUUGUGGUUAGUCGUUCACUUUUCACUGCAUUAUUUUUUUCCAUGCCUUACAUUUUUCCCUGACUUAAAUUUUUCCCCGCUUCACAUUUUUCUCUUCCAGAACAAUAAUGCCAUUAAAAAAAGGGCAAGGGAUUUUUUUAAAAACAAUUUAUUUAUGUGUGUUGAGUCCUCAUUACCCUGAGAGCUUCACGUGACCCCACUUGGUAUCAUUUAUCACGGUUUUCCCACCUCUGACGUAGUACAUUUAUGAUAGAGUGAACAUUUAUUAUUGAUGACUUUACUGCAUCACAGUGUGGCUGCAGCUCACUAAAGUCACUCUGAAGAAUGACGGGGCACUCUCCUGUAGGUCCGAGGAUGGACAGGUCACAAGCACAGAUGCUUUUCAAGAUUUAUAUGGUCUCUGGCGACAAUGUGUGGGCUGGUAG